AUGGCGGAGAUCAAGAUCGACCAGGAUAUGCUUGGCUCAGUCAAUGGCAAGGUCGUGGUCCUAGCAGGCGGCGCUCAGGGUAUCGGCGCAGCAACUGUCACCCAGCUGUACCAAUCAGGCGCGCACGUCUUCUUCGGCGACUGGGACGACAAGAAAGGGCCGAACCUCGCUGAGGAACUCAAAUCCUCCUCCAAGUCUGCCGGCAGUGUGACAUAUAUGAAAUCCAAUGUUCGCGACUACCAAUCUCUCUUGUCAUUGUUUGAUGCUGCAUACUCCAAGCAUGGCCAGAUCGACAUGGCAAUAUGUUGUGCGGCCGUUACGGAGCGACCUGGGUAUUGGGAGCCAGACAAGCUGAACCUGGAAAGCACACCAACCGGCAUCGCCGAUGUGAUCGACAUCAAUCUCAACGGCACAUUGUACUUCGCCCGCCUGGCCGUCGCCUACCUGAAAGAAAAGCACACUUUCGACAGGCAAUCCACCACCGCCGAGAACAUCACGUCGUCGAAAUGCAUCACACUAGUCUCUUCGGUCGCCGGAUUCAAAGAGUCCCCAGGCUUGUUCGCAUACUCUGCCGCCAAGCACGGCGUCAUGGGAUUGAUGAGAGCUCUGCGUCCGUUCACAUCCCAACUGUACGGUUUGAGGGUGAAUGCUAUCUGUCCCUGGGCUACUGACACGCAACUUCUCUCUGGCGUGCGCACCGAAUGGACGAAGAACAACAUGCCGAUGAAUACGCCGCUCGAUGUGGCGAAAUACAUCAUCCAGGUCACGGCAGAUCCGAAGGCGCAUGGGAAAGGGCUCUUCGUGACGGGCGGGAAUGCGGUUGACAUUGAGGAGGGCCUGAACAGGACGGAGCCAGAGUGGUUGGGGGAGAAGAAUAGCCGGGAGUUGAAUGAGGGACAGGUGAUUUUGGGAUUGGGAAUGGACUGGGGGACAUGA